AUGGGCUUGAUAGCUAUGCAAACAGCUGAGUCUAUGAUUAUGAAUGGAUAUAUUACAUUCAUACCGAAAUUGUUCGAGAAUCUCUUCGGCUUCAGCAGCAGUUGGGCGAGCACUAUGACAGGACUUAUCAUCGUACCCAUGGGACUGAUCGGAAGUUUUGUUGGUGGAAAACUUGGAGAGAAAGUCGAAAACCGUUUC